AGCUUUCCGCCAAUUAUGAUGGCACCAAAAACGCCACACUAGACAUAAAAAAUGGUAAGAGACAGAGCUUCCUAUUGAAUUUCCAGACUGUCGUUUACCCCAAACAAAAACAUAACCCCAUUUUUGGACAUUAAAUCUAAUCAAAAUGGACACUUUGUUUUUUUCUUCUUCCUUGUUUGGGUUUUGGUGUUGUUGUUGUUGCACCUUCUCCAAAACCAAUUCUGUUACACUUUUCUUUUCUUUCCACCCAACAACAACAACGACGACCCUUUACCUUAACCUUUUAAAAAAUCUCAUUUUUCACUCGAAAAGUUACAUGUUUUGAGCAUCAAUAUGGGGAUAUUGUAUGGAAUGGUGGCAAGGGGACAGGUUGUUUUGGCCGAGUUUAGCGUGAUUCAAAGCAAUGCAAGUGUUGUAGCUAAACAAAUACUUAACCAGAUUAAUCAAGGGACUAAUAGUUACAAUGAUAGCAAUGUUUCAUUUUCACACGAUCGUUAUGUUUUUCAUGUUAGAAGAACCGAUGGCCUGACGGUUCUUUGUAUGGCUGAUGAAGCAUUCGGAAGAAGGAUUCCAUUUUCAUUUCUUGAAGAUAUUCAUAAUAGAUUUGUGAAGACAUAUGCCGGUGCAAUUCUUUCAGCUCCUGCCUAUACCAUGAAUGAUGAAUUCUCAAGGAUCCUCAGCCAACAGAUGGAUUAUUACUCUACCGACCCAAAUGCUGAUAGAUUAAACCGUCUCAAAGGUGAAAUGACUCAGGUGAGAACCGUUAUGCUUGAUAACAUUGAGAAAGUGUUGGAGAGAGGUGGUCGUUUGGAAAUGCUGGUUGAGAAAACAGCAACAAUGAAUACCAAUUCAGUUCGUUUCAAAAGGCAGGCUCGUCGAUAUAAAAAUAACAUGUGGUGGAGUAAUGUUAGGCUAACGGUUGCACUCAUUAUGAUUUUUGCCAUCGUCUUUUACAUUAUACUCGCAUUUAUGUGUCAUGGUCCUUUUCUGACUUCGUGUUGGAGAUAAGCUCUCAAGGCUAACUGUAAAUUUUAUUUUAUUUUUGCAAUGCUUUUUUGACCAAUAAUGUAUACUGGGUCAAAGAAAAAAGAAAUAUUCAUACUUGUAUUUAUUGGGAUGCAAUGUUACCGUUUUAGGCUAGUGCACGUUUUAGAAAAUUGUUACGCAAUGUGGAUGAGUUUGCAUUGCAAGAUACCCUAUUGUAUGGGUAUAUUUACAAUUCUGAAGGAACACUAAUUUUUUCCCUAUUGUUCCCUUCAUUUCACUCGAUAUUCUAAUUAUUUGAAA